GAGCAGGCUCCAGCAGGGAACAAAAGGGGCAACUCCCUCCCGGCUCCCUGGCUCAGAGGUGGUAGAGUCACCCGUCUAGGAGAGUGGCUGCUCGGGCAGAUAGUUCCCUGGGGCUGUUAGGCAAGACUGGAAGGCGGUAGGUUGCAUUGACCGAGCUGUGGUGAAAUAGUUGCAGCCUUGGAGUUUCUCGUGUGCGUGCCUUGCUGGACCCUGGAGACCAUCGGUCGCUGCUUGUGGUGUCAGUGGUUAUGGAGAAGGCAGGAUCCUUACUGGUUGCUUUGCACAGAGCAGCUACUUCAAACUUAGACCUGGAUGUGAAGAAGCCUACCCCACCCAAGCUGUUAUGGCAUCAACCUGUGAACAUAUUUUUGGCUCGACCUGUUGGUGUGGAGGACCUGCGCCAUGAAGCUGAGCUCAAUCUCCAGAGCUUGCUACAAGAAGAAUACGAGGAGCCAUAUUCUGAAGCCAAGAUCAGUGGUCAAACAUUCCGCUAUGCCAGCUCUCCUUCGGUGGAUAGGCAUCUUGAGUGCAGUCCUCGCCCCCCACCCACCAAACGCAUGGAGUUUGUCUUCAUGCCUACAAGCCAGCAAGUGAAGGAGAAUGAAGCCACAACCCUGGGGGUAAGAGUCCUGGAGCCUUCGCUUAGCUUACCGGCUACCCCGGACAAGCACAUGGCCUGGGCCCACGGAUCCCCUCUGCCUGCUCUGGAGGAAAAGAGAUUGCAACAGCCCUGUUCAACCCAAGCAAACAUUGUCCCCAUCAACAUCUCAGGGCAACCAUUCGCUAGGCACGCCAGUGCACGGCACUCCCUGUUUAAUACAGAGACCGCCAUGAAUCCCAAGUCUUUGUUGCGCCGAAGACGGACAGUGAUUGGUUUCCCGCACCUCUCUCUACGUGAUCCAGGAAGUAGCAAUGGACCCGUCCUCAACCCACCAGCCACCAUAGCUGAGUCGAUCUCUUGCAAUUUUGUCCCAGAUGUGGUCAGUGGGAGGAGCUCCACUCGCCAAGCCCGUUCUCCUCAGUCCCGGCCACAGCUACGAAAGACAUUCAGUGACCUUGGGGGAGUCCUACAGGGGCGAGGUUGCCAGAUACAAGCAGGGCGUGCUGAGAACUCCAGGGUGAUGUAUGCUAGUCCAUUGUGUAAUGGCCCCAAAGAGGACUCCACCUUUUCUCCUGGUUGCAGCACAUCCUCCUUCUGCUACAUGAGCCCUUCUGUGAGCCAAAAUGAGGUGGCAGCAGAGAAUGCAUCCCAGCUGUCUCCUUGCACACCCAGGGACACUCCAGAAGCAGAUCAACCUUCUUCCUUCUUCAUUAGCAAAGACAGCAUGGCUGGGAUCAAUGAGUGUGGGACGUUUUGCCCUUCUCCUGAGUCCCCCCUAGAGGCUGAAGGAGGCUCAAGAUGUGGAACAAGAGAAGCCAAAGCCCCUGGCGCCCUUGUCAACUCAAGUGAGGAGGAGUGUUCCCAACUGGAGAGGGAGAGAAUCCUGUGCAAGUUCCGUGAGAGGUCGCUGUCUGUCCCUACAGACACAGCCUCCCUGUGUUCGGUGGACAUUGGGGGCAGUGAGACCUGUGGCCUUAGUUAUCCCAGCGCCAGCUCUGAGGGGAGCACAAGCACAGACAACAUCUCACUGGCUGUGGAGCAGGGGGCCCGAAAGCAACGCCGACAGCGGACCAAGAGCAUCUCUCUCAAGAAGGCAAAGAAGAAACCCUGUCCGCCCACCCGCAGUGUCUCCUUGAUCAAGGAAGGGCAAGUGAGCAAAGCAGAGGUGAGUGAUGAGGCACUGCCCCAGGACCAGAGACCCAAAAGUCUGUGUUUGCUGCCUGAUGCGCAGGUCCAUAACAAAGUCCAAGGUGAUCCAACAAGGGAAUUGGAGAGCGUGCCGUAUGCCCAGCAGUGUUAUGUGCCUGAAUGGAAUUCCGGUGAUCCUUAUUGCUCCUUGUCUGGAUCCAGCACUGCUACUGGGACGACUGUAAUUGAACUGUCCAAGGUAUGUGGUAGUUCCGAGUCCCUCCCUUCUCCUUCUGUCUCCCGGGCCACCACACCAUCUCAGCUCUGUGCCGACAUGAGUUUGAAAACCUCCUCCCCCGGGAGGUUGACAGGGGUAAUGUCUCCCUCCAGUGGCUACUCCAGUCAAUCAGAAACUCCAACUCCAACUGUCCCAUCAUCCAUGGUUCUGGGUCAUGCUCCUCACCAGAGUGGGCGGACGAGGCCCCUGGUGCCUGAGAGGAAGUCCUCCCUACCCCCAGUCUCACCUAUGGAACGAAGCCCCAAGUCUCGGCUGUCAUUCGACCUGCCGUUCGCCCCACCAACUCAUCUGGAUCUCUCAGGCUUGAAGAUCUCACACAAGAGUAAAGCCAAAGUAAGCCGACACCACUCAGAUUCUACCUUUGGGGCCAAGAUCGGUCCAAAGCUGAGCCCAGUGCAGCCAGUUAUGCCAAUGGUGACCCAGCUGGACCUGCGCUCUGUCCGCUUGCGUUCCAUCAGCCGAUCUGAGAUUGAGGAUAACCUGGACAGUCCUGAGCCGGUUGAGGAGCCUGGCAAGAAGAUCCGGCCCCCGGUGGCAGAAAAACCACCCCUCUCCCGAAGGCCACCAAUGCUGUUGCAUAAAACUCCACCAGUCCAGGAGGAGUCUCCUGUGAGCUCUCCAACUUCUCCAGUGACACCACAGGGGUUGGUCCCUGCAGAGAAUAUUUAUGUGGUGGCCAGGAGGCCUGAACAUUUAUGGGAUGCAGGCACCUGGAGCCCCACAGAAUCCCCCUCUGCUGAGGGGGCAACUUCUCCCAUACAGGGCACCACAGGGACAUUUUUCUCCACUGUACGGAGGCUCUCUGAGGAUAGCUUGGAGGAGGAUGAGCAGAUGAAGGCCAAGCUUCUAGACGAGGGGGUGCCUGGGGGAGAGGGCCGUAAAUCUAAAGUCCCACCUCCUGUCCCAAAGAAGCCUAGUGUGCUUUACUUGCCGUUGGUGACUUCCCCGCUCCACCCAGGGUCUUGUCCUGGGGAUCAGAGGUUGCCUCCUAGCCCAGUCAUCAUGCUAGAUGAGGAUUCUGCCUACUCAGAACUGACCACCUACAAAGUGCUGUCCCCCGUUGCCAGUGAGAUGAAUGUAAGCCCAACUGGUGCAGAUGUAUCAUGGGGAGACAUUUCAGGGAACUCGGUGGGUUUGAAGAGCAAAGAGAAACGCUUUGUAAGCGACAAAACAGCUGAGUCAAUAACCGAGGAAGACGAUGAUGUCUUUGUGACAACCCGAACCACAGAAGAUUUAUUUACUGUCAUUCACAGAUCCAAGCGGAAGUUACUGGGUUGGAAGGAGCCCAGCGACUCUUUUGGCAACCGGCCAAAUUCCCAGAUGCCCACCAAGAACAUCACAGGGCUUAUGAGCAAUGAAUGCCCUCCCAGCACAAGCAGAACCUCAAGCAGAAAUGAAGACUUUAAGGCCCUCCUUCAGAAGAAAGGGGGCAAAGGGGCCUCGGGCAUCCGAACAUCUGCAGCUGAACUUCUCAAGACCACCAAUCCCUUGGCUCGGAGGGUCAUGACCGAGUUUGCUGUGGAUGGGACAAUCCAGAGCUCCAAAAUCCAGCCCUGAUUUUCUUUAAGAACAGGGUCAUCUCUUUGCAGUAUAUCAUCCUUAUCGUCCUCCAAGCUGACCUUAGGAGUGAGUCUAUUCCCCUUGAAGCUUCAGCAUCUGGGUUGAUUUGUUCCCUGAAGCCAAAACUUUUUCUGGU